GUGUGGAACAGCAGUCUGGCCAGUUGAUUACGAUGCCGAAACGAGUGGCGGUCCAUCUCUCCAACCAGUUUCGGACAGCGUCUUCGGGCUCGAACGAGGCCUACGCGUAGCCUCGCGGAGACGCGGAGACGCGGAGACGAGGGUGCAGAAGCGAGGGAGAAGAGGGCAGAGCGAGCGCAAGAGGGAGCAGCGCAGGAAGAGACCGGAGGAGGCGACAGCCGAGCUAAAGUUUCGGUUUCGUUCGUUUCGCGCCUGCUCCGCGUCGAACGGGAGCCGAGAGUGAGCGUCUGACCGAACGAGAGAGUGAAACCGAACGACGAAGAACCCCACCGCGAUCCCCGGUCAACCGACAGAGACACCGACACGCCUAGAAGGAGAGACCUCGAGACGGGGAAAGAGGGGGAGAUGGAGCGAGAACGACAACCAGCAACUAUACUAGCGCGACGAGCGUCGAGAUAGGUGGGAUGCAACGGGUCGAAGAGAGACGGAACGCGGCUGACUGUUCGUUGCAGAGAGAGAGAGGGACGAACAGACUUCACCGCUCGGCGCUCUGCGCUCUGCUCCCAAUAACGACUCUCGCCCUCGGUCAGUCGCGCGCGAACCGCGGAGCCGCGAGGAUCUGUUUCUUUCUUUCUCGAUUUGUUCGCCGGGAUUACGGCGUUUCGAGCCGCGUGCACGUGCGAUCCGAGGGUCGAGACCGCGAGGGAUCGAAUGGAACACGCCGAUACACGAAAUUUUCUUGGUUAGCUGUGGAACGAUAUCGCGACAGGUGAACGAUUCCAGCGACUUUGGAGCCAGUGUUCUCCGUUCGCGUUCACCAUUAUCAGGUUUGCUUCGAUGAGACAUGCCCGUGCUGGCCAGGAUCGGUGCUAGCGGUAUGUUAAAAGUGCGGUUAGCCUGACUGCGUAUUCGACUCGGAAUGACCAGCGUUAUUGAUGAUCGUAUAUCGACGAGCCAACUGCCAGGUCACGAAUCUCGAUAAUGAUAGGUCCAAGUUAGGACAAUUUUUGUCACGGUAUCGCGUCGCGAGUGAUGCUCGCUGCAUCCAAAGAUACAUUGCACCUGGUGACCGAACGACAGAGGAUCGAAGAGCGGUCAAGUGACAACAAGCAGCAGCAGCAGUAGCAGCAGCGAGCGCGUGGUAUAUAAAAGUGAGAACUGGUGGAGCAACCGAGCGAGUUACCGGGCGUCGCGAGCCUAGCCAGUGGCGCGCGGACCAAGAAGAAGAAGAAGAAGAAGCAGAAGAAGCAGCAGCAGCAGCAGCAGCAGCAGAAGAAGAAGAAGAAGAAGAGAGAGUGCAAGUACCAUAGAGGACGACAACGCUGUUGCUAUUUUCGAGCCCGCCAAAUAUCUCGGCACACGGUGCUUGCUCGCUACUGUCUGCACUGGUCCUGGUGCGGUCUUUCUUCGGCAUCGUUCGCGUUCUACCAAAGCGCAAACGACUCUGCGUCGAUGACGCAUGGCCCUGACAAAACAGGCAGAGAGAGAGAGAAAGAGUGGGAAGGAGAAGACAGCCAAGGAAAGGACGAACGGCGUAUGACAGGUUGAGCGUUCGAAUGCAAAAGGUUUGAACGACCGCGAGGGUUCUCCGACGAGAAAGAACCCGGAUAGAGUGGCAGAAAGGAGGCAGAACAAAAAUCAAGAGGGAAGCGAAUCACUCAGAGUGACGGUUCAUCUUCGACGAUGGCUGGCGAGGACACGCAGAUCCUGGCGAACGGAAACGUUGAGGCACUCACGAUUAUCUCGCCGAAGAUGGCGAACGGGAACGGGCUGAUUUGCGGGAAACAGCACAACAACAACGGCUCGAUACCGAACGGGAAGCUUCACGAGAUCGGCACCACGGAAAACGGAAAGCUGAUCAUGUCCGACGAGAAGUCGAGCAGCCUUCACACGGAAUUCGACGACGCUGACGUCUCCUGCGGCUGGGGUCCCUGCAGGCCACGGUGGCUUCAGUAUUUUGCCACCAAGCAAGCCUUCUUGGUCACCUUCUGCAUCACUUGGGUCCUCCAGGGCAUGUAUUACACGUACUUCGUCUCGGUGAUCACGACGAUCGAGAAGCUCUUUCAGAUCCAGUCGAAGACCACCGGUAUCAUAAUGUCGGCGACGGAGAUCGGUCAAAUCGGUUCCUCUCUCCUGCUCACGUACUACGGGGGCCAAGGUCAUCGGCCUAAGUGGAUCGCUUGGGGCAUGAUCCUGUUCGCGGUGAGCUCGUUCACCUGCUCGAUGCCCCAUUUCAUCUUUGGCGAACAGCUGAUCCACCAGAACGAGAGGUUUUUCAGCGGCGUCGAGCCUGUGCCCGCGAACCUCUGCAAGCUGCACCCACGACCGGAGAACUUCACGCUGGACGGGUCGCUCUCGUCGCCGUUACCAACGCAAGUUGACACGAUAAAAUACUGCGAGAACGAAUUCAAAACGAAGCAGCUGAUACAGACCAAAAUCACCACGGUGGUUCUAGCGAUAUUUUUCGUCUCUUUAUUGGGGGUUGGUAUGGGCCAGACGGCAGUUUACACACUUGGAAUUCCUUACAUGGAUGACAAUGUGGCUAGCAGAGAAAGUCCUCUGUAUUUUGCGAUCACCAUCGGAGUGAGGAUCCUGGGUCCAGCGCUAGGCUUCAUUCUGGGUUCAUUUUGCACGAUGAUUUAUGCGGAUUUGUCGACGAAUCCGCAAAUCACGCCGACGGAUCCGAGAUGGGUCGGAGCAUGGUGGCUUGGUUUGGUGCUAAUAUCCGCCAUGCUGGUGCUGGUCAGCUUGGGAAUGUUCACGUUCCCGACGAGGCUGCCUGCGAGCAGAACGCCGCCGAAACGGCCGGACGCCAGAAAGCCUAGUCUCAGAGACUUCCCUAAAGCGGUGAAGAGGCUGUUGAAGAACGACAUUCUUAUGUUCCGGACGGCCAGCAGCGUGCUGCACAUCCUACCGAUCGCCGGCCUCUACACCUUCCUGCCAAAGUACCUCGAGAGCCAAUUUCGCUUGCCAGCUCAUCAUGCGAACAUGAUCUCAGGUGUCGGUGGUAUUUUAGUAAUGGGUCUGGGUAUUAUAAUUAGCGGAGUGUAUAUCCUGAGGGCGAAGCCUAACGCCAGGUUUGUCGCAGCCUGGAUCGCCUUCACAGCGAUUGUUUACGCGAUCGGCAUGACCGUGCUGAUGUUCAUCGGCUGCCCGAUGGACGAUUUCGCUGGUCUCGUUUCGCAUUCCAACGGAUUAUCCAGUUUCGAGCCGACCUGCGAGGCUACCUGCGACUGCGAUCGGAACAAGUUCAGUCCAAUUUGCGGUGCUGAUGGUAAAACCUAUUUUUCCGCGUGUCACGCGGGCUGUUCGAAUUACACCGUGGUCGACAGCAAGGUAUCUUUGUUUUACAACUGCCAGUGCAUCGAGGCGAACCUAACGAUACCGGAAACAACGAGUACGGCGACGAUCGGUUACUGCGCCCUCGAGUGCAGUAACUUUUGGGUUUAUAUGGUCCUGUUCUCCGUGUUCGUUUUCAUCCAUUCGACCAGCGAGGUGGGCUCCAUGCUGUUGACCCUACGGUGCGUGGAUCCGCGGGACAAGGCCAUGGCUUUGGGACUCAUACAGUUCGCCAUUGGCCUCUUCGGAAACGUUCCAUGUCCUAUCGUUUAUGGUGCUGUGGUGGACUCCGCCUGUCUUGUAUGGGAAUACGCUUGCGGCUCGAGAGGUGCCUGCUCGCUCUACGACUCCAAUGUCUUCAGAAUGUUCUAUCACGGCACAACGGGUGGAAUUCUGGUCCUGGCAUUCGUAGUGGACAUAGUGGUGUGGUACAAAGCGGGGAGCAUAAAUUUCGCGGACGAGCAGGAGGUGGAGGAGGGUACCGUGGAGGAGAUGGCCACUCUGAAGUCCCAGGACGCGCAGGCGGUGGACAACGACUAUUUGUGAAUGGUCUCGGGUCGACUUGAAUGGCAUCCCAUGAACCAGGCCUCCUGAAUCUAGCGUCGUAAGGGAGAAAGCGUGACGGAUCGGUUCCUGACUGAUGGUAAACAGGUGAUCGAGACGCCGGAGAUCGUGUCGUGUUGGCCGCGUCUGUGAGCGAACCGUCGCUUUGGCUAGAUUUUAGAAGGGACAAGACACUUGGUGCUCGCGUCAAUCGUUUUUCGCAGUCUGAGACGGAGACCAGGACCACGGCUCGGAUAAAAAAAGAACUGUCGAUGGAGGAGGCGGUGCUGAGCCACGGAAAUGCCCGUAGUUUCCGAAGAGGCUGUGUCGAGAUUAGGAUAUAACGAGUGCUGGGGGGGCACGAAACUAGCAGAGGAGGAACACGAGAAAGGGGACAGGGAGCUGGGAAUCGAGGCAGACAACGAGAAUCAACGAUCGACGACGACGACGACGACGACGUUUCUUGGGCCUCGAGACGCGAUUGGUCCUAGAGGAGCUUGCCUAUCCUCGGAACACGUAAUUAGUAAGUACGCACACGCGUCUAGGGGUACGUAGAAACGUUAUCGAGUGGAACUCUUGCCGACUGGUAUCAGAAAGAGGAGAGGAAUUAUCCAGAAUCAAUCGUCUCUGCAUCCUCCAAGUGAAACACGUGGAUCUCCGAUUUAAGGUGUACAAUGGGAGAGAUAGGUACGUGUGCAUAACUUGGGCUUGGGUUCACUGCUCGCUCGAAACUUGCGUUCCCUUGGGUUUUAAAGCUACCUUCAUCUUCCGAAUGCAAUCUUUGUGUCUCGAUGAUACGACAAAUUCAAUCGUCUGUCGGUGGAAGCGAAUAUUGUAGAGGUACUAGAGAUUAUCAGUUCGUAAAAACUAUUGCAACGAAAGAGUCGUAGGUUUCAGGAUCGAUGAGUUAUCGUGGCAAAAACUGCAUUCGAAAGAACGUUGUCCAAAUCGUGUUCGGUUUACUUGGAAGCGCCCGUUUCGAGCGGAUGAUGGAAAUUGUCGAUUCUCUGGCGUCGACAGCGAUCGAUAUCGAGGACAAGGUCUCAUGCGAGCUUCUCUUAGGCACUACCGUCCGUGUUUCACUCUGCAAAUACACAUAGACAUAGGCAAACUGUACGUACAAGCGAUUUACGAAUGUGUGCAUGGUAUCUGUCUCUGGACGAAAUGUGCGGGAAAGAUAAAUAAGAGAUAAGAGAGGAAGGAGCGAAUGUGAACGAAGAAAUAUAUAUAGGACAUAUUUUUAGAAGAUUUGACGACGAAACUGAGGGAGAGAACAAAGAGUAACGUUAAUUAUUAAUAUUAUUAAGGGGGAGCGGGUGGGUCACAGGGGAAGAGCGAAGGUCAGGA